AUGCCCCAGGAAAACGGUAGUGGCACAAUGACAUCAACAGCAAGCGCGGCGGCGGGCUCGUCGUCCACCCCAGCGUCAACCAACACCACCACCACUCGCUCGAGCGCGCACUCGGGUCCGGCACCAGUGGUCUGCUACUACUACGGCUGGGCCAACACGCGACCCCACCCAGCCAACUACGGCGUCAACAACAUCCCAGGCGACCUGUGCACGCACGUCAACUUUGCCUACGCGGGCGUCAACCCAGAAACCUGGGAGCUCAGGAGCGAGGUGCCUGAAUACGAGAGCAACAGGGAACUCUUCAAGAACUUCACGGCCAUAAAGACCAAGUACCCCCAGUUGAAGACGCUCCUGUCGGUUGGCGGCUGGCAGCACCCGAUCGGCGUCUUCUCCGCGCUCGUCGCGAACGCCGACAGGAGGGCGCUCUUCAUCGAGAGCGUCCUGCUCUGGAUGAAGGAGUACAACCUGGAUGGCGUGGACAUGGCUUGGCGCUUCCCUGGUGUCUCCUACCGCGGAGGAUCGCCACGCGACAAGGAAAACUACGCCAGCCUCAUCAGGGGCAUUGGGGGCGUUCUAAAACACAGAUAG